GACAUGAUAUUCAACCACAACAAGAGCAUUUUCCACCCGGCCACACUUUUUCUUGUUGGAAUCCCAGGACUGGAAGAGGUUCAUACUUGGAUCUCUGUACCUUUCUGCUCCGUUUACCUCGUGGCUUUAAUAGGCAAUGCCACAAUCCUGAUAGUCAUCAAGACAGAGCAUUCUCUCCGAGAACCCAUGUUCUACUUUCUGGCCAUCCUUUCAACAGUUGACUUGGCUCUUUCUACAACCUCUGUGCCUCGCAUGCUGGGUAUCUUCUGGUUCAAUGCCCAUGAAAUUAACUUUGGAGGCUGUGUGGCUCAGAUGUUUUUGAUCCAUGCCUUCACUGGCAUGGAGGCCGAGGUCCUGAUGGCCAUGGCCUUUGACCGGUAUGUAGCCAUUUGUGCUCCUCUCCACUACACAACCAUCUUGACAUCUCGGGUGCUAGUGGGCAUCAGUAUGUGUGUUGUGAUUCGGCCAGCCUUGCUUAUAUGUCCAAUGAUCUAUCUUAUUUAUCGCCUACCCUUUUGUCAAGCUCAUGUGAUAGCCCAUUCCUACUGUGAGCACAUGGGCAUUGCAAAACUGUCCUGUGGCAGCAUCCACGUCAAUGAGAUGUAUGGGCUUUUUGUGGUCUCUCUGUUUCUUCUGAACCUACUUCUUAUUGGCAUCUCUUAUGCUUACAUUCUCCGUGCUGUGUUCUGCCUCCCAUCUCAAGAUGCACGGUUAAAAGCCCUCAGCACGUGUGGUUCCCAUGUUGCAGUUCUCUGUGUUUUCUACAUCCCAUCAGUCUUCUCUUUCCUCACUCAUCGAUUUGGACACAACAUACCACACUACAUUCAUAUUCUUGUUGCAAACAUCUAUUUGGUUAUUCCUCCCUCACUCAAUCCCAUCAUUUAUGGUGUAAGGACCAAACAGAUACGAGAGCGAGUUCUCCAUGUAUUUACUAAGAGGUAA